AUGGAGUCGGGUUAUGCCUGUUUCUGUGGCAACGACCUGGACCUGCAUCGCCAUGGCGAGGCGCCCAGCAUGGAAUGCAACCAUGUGUGUUUCGGUGACCACACCCAGCCUUGUGGGGGAGAUGGAUGGGUCAUCAUCUUCGACAGUGAGUAGGACAUGAUUUGCUUCGGUCUAUGUACAUGUUUGACAGUUUGCUCUGGUCUGGUCCCUACACAUGAUCUAAACCAACUACAACUUCCCACCGGUGCUUGUAUGGUGCUUAAUAUAGUUAUAUGGUGCUUCACCUAAUGUGUACAAAGUGGAGUAUUUGCAGGUGCAUGGAGAAAAUAACAGUAUUUUCAAAAGAUGACACUCCAGUAAACUGACAAAUGUCAAUACUCCACAAACCAUUGAAUGGAUUCUCUCAGAACCAGCGUUGGAAAGAAGUGAAUAACCCAAUAUGGAAGGAUCACAUCACCACUCUCAAAACGUACUUAUUAGAAGAGUCAUGUGAAGAGAAUGUUCCAUCUCUCCCUUUGUUGUCAUAAAACGGUUUGCUGAUUUUGGCUAAACAAUACAUGCUACAUUUCUGUUUAAUAGGCUACACAAGCAUCAGGUUUAUGGCAGACAACUGUUAGAUAAUGAGAGACUGAUUUCACAGCUGAACAUAAUUACAACAAUGAUCAAAUGUGCCUUGUUCGAUCCUCAUCUUUCCACUAUGUGUUGAAAACUCUUCAUUCCACUCUGUGUCAUUGAGAGAGUCUGUUGUAUGUGGUUUCUAUAUGGAAAGGUUUCUAUAAUAACUCGGACACCAUAUGAGUCAAUAGGGUUAGUUGUAUGAGAGGGUUUAGUUUAGUCGAAUAGGAUCCCCAUUAGCUGUUGCACAUGCAGCAGCUACUCUUCCUGGGGUCCACACAAAACAUAAAAUACACAACAGAGUACAUAACAGUUAUAGACUAUAACAACAUAAACACACUUAUCUGAGAGACUUAUAAAGCUUGCACAAUGCAAAUGUCACUAAUUAAACCGUUAUUAAGUAAAUUAUUUUCCUCUGAUUAACUCCUCCAGCUCGAGUGGGGGCAUGUGGGGGUAACUACUCUGCCCCCUCUGGGGUGGUCUACUCCCCUGACUUCCCUGAUAAGUACGGGGCCGGGAGGGUCUGCUACUGGACUGUCCAGGUACAUCUUGGUUGUUGACUCUCCUACUGUCAUUGGCCUCUCUCCUAGCCCAAUAUCCCAGUCAUUUAGUUUGCUGUUUUGUUUUGAAUGCUGCGUCUGUUUUUCAGUUUCUUGCCAAUUGUAAAUCGUCCCUCGGGUUUCAGAAAAGCUAUAUAACGAUAUAAAGCUGCAUUAAUAAUAUAUAUGAUUUGUUAUCAGGUCCCUGGGGCCUCCGUGAUCCUGUUCAACUUCACCUUCUUUGACAUCUCGGACCAGACGGAUAUGGUGGAGCUACUGAAUGGCUACACCAACCAGGUCAGCUGGUAAAACCUUCCAUUCUAUUAUCUCCUAUAGGUUUUAUUUAUCUCUAUUAGUCAUUGCAUUUAUGUAUUUGUGCUGUGAAGUACGUUGUAUUGCUACCUUGUAUGACACGUGCUAUACGUUAAAAAAAUAACGUUUGAUUGAUUGAUUGAUCAGGUGGUGGCGAGGUUUGACGGCCGCUCCCCUCCCCGGGAGCUGGUCAACGUCACUGGAGACUUCGUUGUCCUCUACUUCUACUCAGACCGAACCAACCAGGCACAGGGCUUUGCUGUCACGUAUCAAGGUGGGUUUACACACACACACACACACACACACACACACACACACACACACACACACACACACGCACACACACACACAGACACACACACACCCACCCACACACACACACACACACACACACACACACACAGACACACGCACACACACACACACACACACACACGCACACGCACACCCACACACACAGACACACAUAGACACACAAACACACCCACACACACAGACACACACAGACAAACACACACAGACACACACACACAGACAAACACACACAGACACACACACACACACACACAUACACACUGUAGGAAGGGACUCUGCGGUCGACUUUUACUAGUAAAAUCACCAGGGUGAAGUUCUAUUCAAACUCCCUGUCAGUUCAGGAGUAGGUUUAAAGUAUUGUUCUCAAAUCUGGUCAUCAACAUGAUAUCACCCACACAGAGGUUGUUUUGAGGUUGUCAAAACAAUUGUCACAAAACAAUUGUAACAGUUGUACAAAAACAAAGCAAGUUGUUAUAGUAGCUAAGAUAGCAGAGGAGAUAAUCAUUUCCAGACAUCUCUCUCUCUCUGAAUGAUUUCAAUCCCAGCAGCACACCGACUGAACCACAUGAAGACACACAUUUCUCAUUUAUCUCUGGGAGCCAUAAUUUGCAUGAACAGGUGCAGGCUCACAUCCUGGUAUCCUAGGUCAAUGGCAGGGUUUUGCAUAGCAACCACGCCACCUGUCCGUCCGUCCGUCCGCCCGUCCGUCGACCCACCCACCCGCCUGCUGUUAAAUCAUCUAGACUAAUGUUGUGCUCUACUGAAGACACACAACCAUACACACACACCACACACACACACACACACACACACACACACACACACACACACACAUACACACACACACACACACACACACACACACACAUCACACACCACACAUCACACACCACAACAAACACCACACACACACCACCACACACAUCACCACAAACACACACACACACACAACACACACACACCACACACACACCACACACACACACACACACCACACACACACACACACACACACACCACACACACAGUGAGAGGUAGAGGGAGGGAGACAGGCAGGGGAGAUGCUGGUAGGAACCUUUUCUCUUCUCAUUUGCUAGCCAAUGCCUCACAGCUGCAGGUGAUAUUGGUGUUGCAUAUUUAAAUGUUUUGUUUUUCUAGUCACAGGGUGCGUGUCGUUGCAUAUCAAGCAUUGGUUUUAUCUAGACAUGUUGUUAUUGUCCAUUCAUUUGUAAUGUUUUUGUUUGUCAUCCGUGAAAAUCAAUACAACAUAAUUAUCUUUAUUCUUGUCACGAUCGUUGGAAACAGUGGACAAUGCGCAGCGUUAUUUGCGAACGUACUUCUUUUUAUUAGAAUGAACACACGAACAAAAACGAUAACGUGACGUCCUCGGUUCUAACACAAACCUAUACUGGAACAAGAUCCCACAUAAAACAAUGCCAAACGGCUACCUAAGUAUGGCUCCCAAUCAGAGACAACGAGCUACAGCCGUCUCCGAUUGGGAGCCACCCUGGCCAACAUAGAAAUACAAAACUAGAACAAACAAAGAAAACUCACACCCUGGCUCAACAUACAAGCGUCCCCAGAGCCAGGGCGUGACAAUUCUCUAUUGUUGUACACAUCACCUCUCAAUCUGAACCCAAUUUUUUAUUACACACUCAUUAUAAUAGAAUCAAAGUAUUUACGGAUAAAUAGCAAUUCUCUGUAUAGACCAAACUGUUGUAAACAUCCACUAUUGUUUCAGGUCCUUUAAGGCAUCAGCACUCAGCACUACUCUCUCUGAGUUAGUUGAUAUGGUUGACAUUAAAGCAAAGAGCCUACAGGGCUGGAAGUCAUACACACGUACACAUGCACACACAAACACACACGCACACACACACACACAACCACCCACCGAACCACCUGCACACACAGACACACACCCACGCACACACACAACCACCCACCGAACUACCUGCACACACAGACAUGCACACACACACACAAACACACACGCACGCACACACACACACAACCACCCACCGAACCACCUGCACACACAUGCACACACACAACCACCCACACACAACCACCCACCGAACCACCUGCAGAGACAUGCACAUACACACACACACGCACACACACAUAUACACAUAUACACGCUCACACACUAAAACUAUACUUCCUAUCCUUCUCUUAUUUUGUUCUGCUAAAAACAAUAUUGUAAGGUCAGAGUCUGACCCCCACACUGGCAGCCAAUCCCCUCCUGCUUGUGUCUCAAUCCUGACUUUACUUGUUUCAGACAGCAGACAUGUUGGGAAUGAAUGUAAAUAUUAUGAGACAUGCGUGCUUAGUCUGCUCCUGUACUCCCUGUUCACCCACGACUGCGUGGCCAAACAUGACUCCAACACCAUCAUUACGUUUGCUGAAGAGACAACAGUGGUAGGCCUGAUCACCGACAACGAUGAGACAACCUAUAGGGAGGAGGUCAGAGACCUGGCAGUGUGGUGCUAGGAUAACAACCUCUCCCUCAAUGUGAGCAAGACAAAGGAGCUGAUCGUGGACUACAGGAAAAGGAGGGCCGAACACGCCCCCAUUAACAUUGACGGGGCUGUAGUGGAGCGGGUCGAGAGUUUCAAGUUCCUUGGUGUCCACACUAUCAACAAACUAUCAUGGUCCAAACACACCAAGACAGUCGUGAAGAGGACACGACAAGACCUUUUCCCCCUCAGAAGACUGAAAAGAUUUGGCAUGGGUCCCCAGAUCCUCAAAAGGUUCUACAGCUGCACAAUCAAGAGCAUCCUGACCGGUUGCAUCACCGCCUGGUAUGGCAACUGCUCGGCAUCUAACCGUAAGGCGCUACAGAGAGUAGUACAUCACUGGGGCCAAGCUUCCUGCCAUCCAGGACCUAUAUACAAGGCGGUGUCAGAGGAAGGCCCUAAAAAUUGUCAAAGACUCCAGUCACCCAAGUCAUAGACUGUUCUCUGCUACCCCACGGCAAGCGGUACCGGAGCGCCAAGUCUAGGACCAAAAGGCUCCUUAACAGCUUCUACCCCCAAGCCAUAAGACUGCUGAACAAUUAAUCAAAUGGCCACCCGGACUAUUUACAUUGGCCCCAUUUGUUUUUACACUGCCGCUACUCACUGUUUAUUAUCUAUGUAUAGUCACUUUACCCCUACCUACAUGUACAAAUAACCUCGACUAACCUGUACCCCCGCACAUUGACUCGGUACCGGUACCCCCUGUAUAUAGCCUCGUUAUUGUUAUUUUAUUGUGUUACUUUUUAUUUCUUUAAAGAAAAUGUUGUUUUACUUUAGUUUAUUUAGUAAAUAUUUUCUUAACUCUUUCUUAAACUGGUUAAGGGCUUGUAAGCAUUUCACAGUAAGGUCUACACCUGUUGUAUUCGGCGCAUGGACAAAUACAAUUUGAUUUGAUUUGAAACUUCCCAAACUGCAAUAACUCGCACUCCAAUAGCUCAUAGAGAAUAAACGGCGGUACAUUCGAAAUCGUUACCCUUGUUGACGGAGAAAAAAGCGGCGUAACUUGAAUAAACAUACCUUUAAGAAGUACGUCAUGCUCAACCAUCCAAUCGACAAGACGCUCUUCUUUAUGAAAGACCACCACGGCUUUAUUAAUCUGCGACGCAUAAGCAACAUUUUCAUAGCCUACCUUCUCUCCUACAGCGACCAGAAACAUCUCCACAGUGACAGUAGUUUCAGUAACACACCUGAAGCCAAUGCCGAAGUGACAGGGACCGCAUCCCCAUGUGGGUCGCCAUCCCCACCAAAACCAGGGCAAUUCCAACAAGAAAUACAAUAUACCUAAUUCUACCAACAUAAAAAUAAUGACCUUAAUCAUGCAUAGAAAAAGGAAAACCACCAAGAAAAGGAAACAAGAAAAAAAACACAGUCGAUCUAACUCCAGACACUCGCUCAUACAAUUCCAAGCAUGCACCAAACACUCCCAGCAUGCAUGCAGAGAGAGAGAGAGAGAGAGAGAGAGAGAGAGAGAGAGAGAGAGAGAGAGAGAGAGAGAGAGAGAGAGAGAGAGAGAGAGAGAGAGAGAGAGAGAGAGAGAGAGAUGGGAGCACUGUAUAUAGACAUAAUAUGACACUUUACAUAUCUUUAUUCUUUUGGAACUUAUGUGAGUGUAAUGUUUACUGUUCAUUUUGUAUUGUUUAUUUCACUUUUGUUUAUUAUCUACAUCACUUGCUUUGGCAAUGUUAACAUAUGUUUCCCAUGCCAAUAGAGCCCCUUAAAUAGAAAUUGAAUUGAAUUGAUACAUAGAGAGAGAUACAGAGAGAGAGAUACAGAGAGAGAGAGAUACAGAGAGAGAGAGAGAUACAGAGAGAGAGAGCUACAGAGAGAGGCUACAGAGAGAGAGAGAUAUACAGAGAGAGCAAGAGAGAGAGAGAGAAAGAGAGAGACUGCCCUUGAGGCUAAGCUGGAUAAAUGUUAAUUCCAAACAGUAGGUUACUACAUCCAUAGGGUGCUGAGUGGUGCUAUGGUAAUUUCCCCCUCUGUUGAGGAGGAUAAACGCUCUCAGAUUACGUCUGAAGAAUGUUCGGCCGAGCCGAGGUUUGAAGCAGCGGCAACGCGGCAUUCUGUUGUAGCAAAUGUGGGAAACAUCACUCUGUUUAAGUAGUGUGAUAAAAAUAAAGAAAACUUUAACUUCUGGUAAAGAUUCAGUCAGUCCACCAGUCAUGGUAAAGAUUCAGUCAGACCACCAGUCAUGGUAAAGAUUCAGUCAGACCACCAGUCAUGGUAAAGAUUCAGUCAGUCCACCAGUCAUGGUAAAGAUUCAGUCAGUCCACCAGUCAUGGUAAAGAUUCAGUCAGACCACCAGUCAUGGUAAAGAUUCAGUCAGACCACCAGUCAUGGUAAAGAUUCAGUCAGUCCACCAGUCAUGGUAAAGAUUCAGUCAGUCCACCAGUCAUGGUAAAGAUUCAGUCAGGCCAAGGACUCAACAUCUUCCUGAUUUAGACAUCCAAGUCUUGACAUGAAGAAAACCAAGUGUUCCUGGUUGGGAGACAGACACAGUAGCAGCCACGGGUAGACACAUGGAAACAUUCUGAUGUUUGUUGUUGUUUCAGCUCUGAGAAGCCUGGACACCAGACCUAUGGAUGAGGAAGAGGAGGAGGAGGAAGAGGACACCAGUACGGUGGAGCCUCAGCUUGGGGGAGUAACGGAGAAGACUAACGGUCGCUCCUCACAGAUCCUCUACGUGAUAACAUCCAGUCCUGGUAAAUCGGACCACAACAUGCCAGGUCAGUGGGUCGGACCCAACGGGACCAACGGACACACCUCUAGUAUGUAGACACCAUCAUCUCUCUCCAGCCUUCCCUCCGUCUCUCUCUCUCACCAUACCUUUUCUACCUCUCGGAUCUCUCUAAUAGCGGUUUGUACUAUUUCUACUACAGAGGCUUCUGUCAUAGGGCUGUACAUUAACAAAGUGCAUUGGUAAUACUUACUGUAGUCUUUUAGAUUAACAGAAGGCUUUCUCCUAUAGGGUUCCCUGGUAUAGCUACAGUGGCUUGUGAAUGUAUUCCCCCCUUGGUAUUUUUCCUAUUUUGUUGCCUUACAACCUGGAAUUAAAAUUGAUUUUUGGGGGUUUGUAUCAUUUGAUUUACACAACAUGCCUACCACUUUUAAGAUGCAAAAUAUUUUUUAUUGUGAAACAAACAAGAAAUAAGACAAAAAAAUAGAAAACUUGAGCGUGCAUAACUAUUCACUAUAACACAAAGUCAAUACUUUGUAGAGCCACCUUUUGCAGCAAUUACAGCUGCAAGUCUCUUGGGGUAUGUCUCUAUAAGCUUGGCACAUCUAGCCACUGGGAUUUUUGCCCAUUCUUCAAGGCAAAACUGCUCCAGCUCCUUCAAGUUGGAUGGGUUCCACUGGUGUACAGCAAUCUCUAAGUCAUACCACAGAUUCUCAAUUGGAUUGAGGUCUGGGCUUUGACUAGGCCAUUCCAAGACAUUUAAAUGUUUCUCCUUAAACCACUUGAGUGUUGCUUUAGCAGUAUGCUUAGGGUCAUUGUCCUGCUGGAAGAUGAACCUCCGUCCCAGUCUCAAAUCUCUGGAAGACUGAAACAGGUUUCCGUCAAGAAUUUCCCUGUAUUUAGCACCAUCUAUCAUUCCUUCAAUUCUGACCAGUUUCCCAGUCCCUGCCACCACCAUCCUUCACUGUGGGAUGGUGUUCUCGGGUUGAUGAGAGGUGUUGGGUUUGCGCCAGACAUAACGUUUUCCUUGAUGGCCAAAAAGCUCAAUUUUAGUCUCAUCUGACCAGAGUACCUUCUUCCAUAUGUUUGGGGAGUCUCCCACAUGGCUUUUGGCGAACACCAAACGUGUCUUCUUAUUUUUUUCUUUAAGCAAUGGCUUUUUUAUGGCCACUCUUCCGUAAAGCCCAGCUCUGUGGAGUGUACGGCUUAAAGUGGUCCUAUGUAAAGAUACUCCAAUCUCUGCUGUGGAGCUUUGCAGCUCCUUCAGGGUUAUCUUUGGUCUCUUUGUUGCCUCUCUGAUUAAUGCCCUCCUUGCCUGGUCCGUGAGUUUUGGUGGGCGGCCCUCUCUUGGCAGGUUUGUUGUGGUGCCAUAUUCUUUCCAUUUUUUAAUAAUGGAUUUAAUGGUGCUCCGUGGGAUGUUCCCAAAAAAAAAAUUAUAACCCAACCAUGAUCUGUACUUCUCCACAACUUUGUCCCUGACCUGUUUGGGAGCUCCUUGGUCUUCAUGGUGCCGCUUGCUUGGUGGUGCCCCUUGCUUAGUGGUGUUACAGACUCUGGGGCCUUUCAGGACAGGUGUAUAUAUACUGAGAUCAUGUGACAUGGACAUGGACUUUAUUCAACUAAUUAUGUGACUCCUAAAGGUAAUUGGUUGCACCAGAUCUUAUUUAGGGGCUUCAUAGCAAAGGGGGUGAAUACAUAUGCACGCACCACAAGUUAUUUUUUUCACUUAACUUCACCAAUUUGGACUAUUUUGUGUAUGUCCAUUACAUGAAAUCCAAAUAAAAAUCAAUUUAAAUUACAGGUUGUAAUGCAACAAAAUAGGAAAAAUGCAAGGCACUGUACGUGGUGUCACUAUGUUUUCAUGACAUAUGCAUGGAUGUAUUUAACAUGUUAUUGUUCACCAUGUACAUAACGUGUUAUGAAGGAGGUGUGUGACCUGAGCCAUAUAUUGACAUUCAAGGGUUAUUCUUUAUUUUUACUAUUUUUUACAUUGUAGAAUAAUAGUGAAGACAUCAAAACUAUGAAAUAACACAUAUGGAAUCAUUUAGUAAACAAAAAACAAAUCAAAGUAUAUUUUAUAUUUGAGAAUCUUCAAAUAGCCACCCUUUGCCUUGAUGAUAGCUUUGCACACUCUUAGCAUUCUCUCAACCAGCUUCACCUGGAAUGCUUUUCCAACAGUUCCCACAUAUGCUGAGCACUUGUUGGCUACUUUUCCUUCACUCUACGGUCCGACUCAUCCCAAACCAUCUCAAUUGGGUUGAGGUCGGGGGAUUGUGAAGGCCAGGUCAUCUGAUGCAGCACUCCAUCACUCUCCUUCUUGGUAAAAUAGCCCUUACACAGCCUGGAGGUGUGUUGGGUCAUUGUCCUGUUGAAGAACAAAUGAUAGUCCCACUAAGCACAAACCAGAUGGGAUGGCGUAUCGCUGCAGAAUGCUGUGGUAGCCAUGCUGGAUAAGUGUGCCUUGAAUUCUAAAUAAAUCACAGACAGUGUCACCAGAAAAGCACCCCCACACCAUAACUCCUCCUCCUCCGUGCUUUACGGUGGGAAAUAUACAUGUGGAGAUCAUCCGUUCACCCACACCGCGUCUCACAAAGACACAGUGGUUGGAACCCAAAAUCUCAAAUUUGGACUCCAGACCAAAGGACAAAUUACUAUCGGUCUAAUGUCCAUUGCUCGUGUUUCUUGGCCCAAGCAAGUCUCUUCUUCUUAUUGGUGUCCUUUAAUUGUGUUUUCAUUGCAGCAAUUCGACCAUGAAGGCCUGAUUCACACAGUCCCCUCUGUUACUUGAACUCUGUGAAGCAUUUAUUUGGGCUGCAAUUUCUGAGGCUGGUAACUCUAAUGAACUUAUCCUCUGCGGCAGAGGUAACUCUGGGUCUUCCAUUCCUGUGGCGGUCCUCAUGAGAGCCAGUUUCAUCAAAGCGCUUGAUGGUCUUUGCGACUGCACUUCAAGAAACUUUAAAAGUUCUUGAAAUGUUCCGUAUUGACUGACCUUCAUGUCUUAAAGUAAUGAUGGACUGUAGUUUCUCUUUGCUUAUUUGAGCUGUUCUUGCCAUAAUAUGGACUUGGUAUUUUAUCAAAUAGGGCUAUCUUCUGUAUACCCCCCCCCCAACCUUGUCACAACACAACUGAUUGGCUCAAAUGAAUUAAGAAGGAAAUAAAUUCCACAAAUUAACUUUUAACAAGGCACACCUGUUAAUUGAAAUGCAUUACAGGUGACUACCUCAUGAAGCUGGUUGAGAGAAUGCCAAGAUUGUGCAAAGCUGUCAUCAAGGCAAAGGGUGGCUAUUUGAAGAAUCUCAAAUAUAUCAUUUACUUUGAUUUGUUUAACACUUUUUUGGUUACUACAUGAUUCCAUAUGUGUUAUUUCAUAGUUUUGAUGUCUUCACUAUUAUUCUAUAAUGUAGAAAAUAGUAAAAAUAAAGAAAAACCCUUGAAUGAGUAGGUGUGUUCAAACUUUUGACUGGUACUGUAUAACGCUGAUAUAAUAACGUGUGUGCUAAUAUUUUACAGUCGGAAUAUGUUCUGAGAAAGGUCUUUAGGAUAACAUGUGUGCUGGCAGUACAAGCAUUAUAGGACUGUACAAACUCAUAUGGUCUAGAUCUGCCAGACUGUUUUUUGAUUUAUAGCCCCCUUGUAUAUCUUUCUGAUCUGAGGUUCUAUAAAAUGCCUCCAGAUUCUCUAGAGGUUGAUAUGGUUCUUCCUAACUGGUAUGUAUUCCUCAAACUCAAAUUCUAUGUUUCUGUGUUGACAGAGUGGACCAUCUACACUCUGGCUGCUCUCCUGACUCUGACAGUCAUAGUCAUGGUAACCAAACUACUGCUGCAUAUCACAGUCAAGUAAGGAUUACAUUUCCUGUUGUUCACUGUAACUUAUGGGCUGUAAAGUUGUAAAGUUGUAUUGUACUAAUGCCUCAGAGUGUAAUAGAAGUAUAGUUGAUGCCAAGUGAUGUCUUUUUAAGGCUGUAAGAGCCACACGCUAGUGGGAUUUAUAACCUAAUGUUACUAUUCUCUGUGCCACAUGUAUUUAAUUAUUUAUCUCUCUCUCUCUCUCUCUCUCUCUCUCUCUCUCUCUCUCUCUCUCUCUCUCUCUCUCUCUCUCUCUCUCUCUCUCUCUCUCUCUCUCUCUCUUGCUCUCUCUCUCUCUUGCUCUCUCUCUCUCUCCUUCACCCUCCUUCCCUCCCAUCACCUUUUCCCUCUCCCUCUCUCCUCCUCUCCCCCCUCUCUCCCCCUCCUCUCUCCCAGAUCUCCCAACAUCCCGACCAUCAGUGGUUCAGAGAGCUGCAGCGGCCAGAGUGCUGGGUCUGAGCCCUGGAUCAUCCUUUACCAGCCCUCCACCAUCUCUCUCUUCAAGAAGAAGCUAAAGAACCACCACGGAGACCUCAGCCCUCUGGUGGGCAACUAGGGAACUGCAGCCUGGUAUACUACCGCCAUCAGUACUAAACCCUGUACCGGGGCCUACCCUACCAGAGCAAGCCACAGAGCUAGCCGCCCCAAACCAAUGAGACUCUAUGGGGCACUGAGCUACAAAGCUAACAUGCUAACUAAUGACUGAUUCACUGACUCACUGAGUGACUACUACCAAAUGGUCCAGACAGGGCUGUCUGUGUCUGCUGUGUACAAGGCAGGAGAGGAGAGUAGAUGUACAAACAGCUCAAGGUGGACAUUUUACUGCAGGGCACUCAUCUUCUUGGGGUUCUACUUCCAUUGUCCCUCCAUGGAUGUCUGAGAGAUCAUUGAAGUCCUCCUUUAGAGACAGUGGUUGGCUGGGGCCAAAGCAGAUUCCAGUUUCCACAGGACUCCUCCAGAAUGCAGGCCUUCCAUUGUAACUGUGUCCCAGUGGGGCACAAAAUGGCAGACUACUCAUCUCUCCUUGUUUUAAUAAUCUGCAAACAACAAAGGGAGCCAUGCAUAUUCCCUAUCAGUGACUGUAACUGGUGUCUCACAUAGAAAAAGGGGGUUGAAUCCUGAUCAUUAUCAAGGGACGAGGACACCAACCCCUUCAUAUUACAGUACAUGUAACUCUAACUCAGUUGUGUAACUACAAUUAAUACCACUAUGGACAAUCGGCAGUUAUUGAACCACAACAGCCAGACAGCCUGAAAGGGAACCCCCUCUCCUCUCAGAUAGCAUUGAGUUACCUGUGACCGUGUUGCGUUAUGUAGGCCAGCCAGCAGCUCUGUGUUUGAGAUAUAUAGAGAGAAGAGAGUCCCUCUCCUCUUGAGGUGAUACACCUGUUCUAUCUGGAGCCAGGAGAAUCGAUACCAUGAGUAAGUCACAAAGAAAGAAAGUGUGUGCGGUUGCUGCAUAUGCCCGGCAUGAAUAACCAAAUCAACCAAAAAAAAAAAGAGACAUGCACACAGAGAGAUAAAUGAAGAUUAAAAAAAGAACACUUGCUCGCUCCCUCGCUCUCUCUCUCUCCCACACUGCCUCUGGAGGAAACCAUAUCAGAAGUCUCUCCCAUGAUGGAUGGAGGGGGGAGAGGGAAGAAGGAGGGAAACAGAGGGAGUAGAAAGGUAGAGGA